AUGGCGCAGUUGUUCUCUUCAUGUACUAGGGCUGUGAUUUCGCGUGCCUCGGCUAAGCAGGGCUUCGCGCAGUCGAUCCGCUUUGCGUCGACUCGUGCACAGGCUAACGCAUCGUCCCCACUCACAUCGCGCACGUCGGCCAUUGCCGCGACGGCCGUGGCUCUUGGCUCUGUGAUGUGGUACCAGCACAUGUACGGCGAGUGGCCGUUCCUUGAGUCGCUCAGCGCCAACCUGGCCGACGAGGGUCUGCACCCACCCGCGUACCCGUGGGAGCACUUUAAGUGGUUCAAGACGUUUGACCACGCAGCCAUCCGCCGCGGCUUCCAGGUCUACCAGGAGGUGUGCAGUACCUGCCACUCUCUGGACCGCAUUGCGUGGCGCAACCUGGUGGGUGUGUCGCACACGGUGGAUGAGGUGAAGGCUAUGGCGGCAGAUGUUGAGUACGAGGAUGGUCCGAACGACGAUGGCGAGAUGUUCCAGCGCCCGGGUAAGCUGUCCGACUACCUUCCGAGCCCGUACCCGAACGAAGAGGCUGCGCGUGCAGCCAACGCCGGCGCCCUGCCGCCGGAUCUGAGUCUGAUUGUCAAGGCGCGACACGGUGGUGCUGACUACAUUUUCUCGCUUCUGACCGGCUACUGCGACCCGCCAGCGGGUGUCACGGUGCAGGAGGGCUUGAACUACAACCCCUUCUUCCCAGGCACACAGAUUGCCAUGGCUCGUGUGCUGUUUGACGACCUCGUUGAGUACGAGGAUGGCACCCCCGCCACCACGAGUCAGAUGGCUAAGGAUGUGGUGUCGUUCCUGCACUUUACCGCUGAGCCUGAGCACGACGACCGGAAGCGUGCCGGUUUCAAGGCCAUUAUCCUGCUGUCAGCCCUGUUUGCCAUGUCGGUCUGGACCAAGCGCUUCAAGUGGGCGCCGAUCAUGACCCGCAAGAUUGUGUAUGACCCGCCCAAGGGUCACCAUUAG